UGGACGCAUCAGUUCCAGUUUUUGAGAAAACUCAUCCUCGUUUAACAGUUUUAGAUUGGACUAGGAAUAUUCAAAAGUUACAAAAUGAGGCAAGACACCGGAGGUUCGAGUCGUACGAAUUACGACAAAGAGCUAAUCAAUUGCGCAAUGAAACAUGUAUUACUACGAGAUGGGAUACUUACGUUAAUGAUGAACUAUUAAGGGACAGAAUCUUCGAGGUGCAAUCAUGGCGUGAAAAGCAAAGAUUCACACGGGAUUGCGUGCGAGAUGAGAUCAGAGCUUUAAAGGAGGAGAAGCAUGCAACAGAGUUACACUUAGAAUCACUCCAGGUGCCGCUCAUGAUAGUUUCACAGUGCCUGUCUAACAGGGACCAGAGAGUUCCCCCUGAGCUCACUAGAGACCAGCUAGAAGAAGAAUUGAAGAAGGAGCUUCACAUAAUUGAGAAUAGCAAACGAGUCCUGAAAGACGUAUGCAACAUGGGCUGGGAGAAGAUUAAAGAUCUAACCAACGUGCUCUGUAGACUGGAGAGGGAGAUCCGAAACAAGGACGAGACGCUAGAUUUGGAGUAUCACGUCAAAGACUUGACUAGAGACAGCUCCGAUAUUUCAUUUAAGCUUCAUCCUACCAGGAUACCUCCUCAUACAAUAACAGAAAUAAAUUACGUCGAAUGCAUAGAAAAUACAGUGAAGAUAGCAGAAAGUCUUAUGUCCGAGUCAAAGAACCUUCGGGAGACGAUGUUUAGGAGCCGAGAACAGGCCCGAAACCAGAUGUACGCGCAGUGCCAGACUGUGGAAAUGGUGAUGAGGAGACGGGUUUAUGAUAUACAGAGGGGGAGGAAUGAGAUGGAGUGGCAGAAAUACAAGCUAGAAACGAACAUGCAGAAAGUUGAUCGAGAGAUCGAGUCUCUUCGAGCAGCGGUCGCUGACAAAAUAAACCCAACUAAACUGGUCGAAACUAGGCUGGAGACCAGGACUAGAAGACCUGUGCUUGAAAGAGUUGAUGAUAAACCUAUGCGAGGACUAAUAGAAGAAUUCGAAAGAGUGCACCUGAGUCAUAGCAAACUUGAGAAGAAACUCGAAGACGCAUUAACAACGUACCACGGCAUGUACAAUCACCAUGAACGCCUCACCCGGGACCUGCAGCACAAGAACCAGGCUCUGGAGACGGACCGACGGCUCAUAGAGAUCCGGAAACCCUUGCAUGCACCCGACGACACACAGUUCAAGAGGAACGUUGGCUAUUGUCAUAUGAAGGACGAACUAGUUCCCGAGUAAAGAAUCGACGUGUUCAAUCCAGUAAUUAAGUGAUUGUUUUCAUAAUGCGUAUUGGAAUACUAUUAACGAUUGUGUAAUUUAAGUGUGUAUAGCUCAAGGUCACGCCUACCUACCGGGAAGCUUUGACUGCGUAUUGUAAUGAGAUUUUCUAAUGCACUUAAAAUAAGCUAGAUGCUUUUAACACAAA